CUUUGGCAGCUUGAGAGGUCACAUGACUCCUUGGAAUAAUUCCUAAUUCCACAGUUUUGACUCAGAUGACCAUGACUAACUUUGUAGUUGUGCAGAAACGGACGAGAAAAUAUUUUAUUCCUUACUUUCUAGGAUUUGUACUGUUUUUGUAUUGUACAGUUCAGAUUGUAUCAUUCGCUGCGAAAGCAGCUCAGGGGCCCCACUCUGCCAGGGCACGACGGGCUUUAGAGAAUGAGACAGAGUGUAUCUCGCCGCCGUCGUCAGAGUUUCCCGAAGGCUUCUUCACGGUGCAAGAAAGGAAGGAUGGAGGGCUCGUUCUUUAUUUCAUGCUCAUUUUCUACAUGCUUUUGGCCAUUUCAUUUGUUUGUGAUGAUUACUUUCUGCCAUCGUUAGAAGUGAUCAGUGAGCGUCUGGGAUUAUCUCAAGAUGUAGCGGGAGCUACAUUUAUGGCAGCAGGGAGUUCUGCACCUGAACUUGUCACAGCGUUUCUGGGUGUGUUUGUGACAAAGGGAGACAUUGGCGUCAGUACCAUAGUGGGAUCUGCCGUCUACAAUCUCCUCGGAAUCUGUGCUGCAUGUGGACUCUUGGCCUCUGUGGCGGGGCAUCUGACCUGUUGGCCCCUGUUCAGGGACUGCCUGGCAUACGGUAUUAGUGUCGCAGCUGUAAUUAGCAUCAUCGCUGAUAACAAGGUGUACUGGUACGAUGCUGCCUGUCUGCUGUUGGUCUACAGCGUCUACAUCGUUGUUCUGUGCUUCGACCUUCGCAUCAGUGAGUUUGUCCUGAGGAAGCUGAGCCCGUGCUGCACGUGCCUGAGCACCGGGUCCGAGGAGCACACUGAGAAGCAGCCUCUGACAGGCUGGAAGGAUGACACCACACUGCGGGUCCACAGCUUCUCCAGAACAGACAGCGGGAUUUUCCAAGAGGACUCCGGAUACUCUCACCUCUCCCUCAGCCUGCAUGGCUUAAACGAGAUUCCAGAAGACCACGAAAGUGUGUUUGCUGUCCCGGAGAAUGACCUGAAAAGGAUCCUCUGGGUUCUGUCUCUGCCCGUCAUCCUUCUACUGUUCCUGACCGUCCCUGAUUGCAGGAGAAGGUUCUGGAAGCAGUGGUUCAUGAUAACCUUCUUCAUGUCAGCUGUCUGGAUCUCCGGUUUCACAUAUGUGCUGGUGUGGAUGGUCACUGUCGUGGGUGAGACUCUUGGCAUCCCUGACACGGUGAUGGGACUCACUCUUCUUGCUGCUGGAACCAGUAUACCGGACACUGUAGCCAGCGUGAUGGUGGCCAGAGAAGGGAAAGCUGAUAUGGCCAUGUCCAACAUCGUGGGUUCAAACGUGUUCGACAUGCUGUGUCUGGGCCUGCCCUGGUUUAUUAAGACAGCCUUUGUGGACACCCACAACCCCGUAGAAGUCAACAGCAACGGACUGGUUUCCAUUUCCAUCACACUGCUCCUUUCUAUCGUCUUCCUGUUUGUAGCUGUUCACUUAAACAGGUGGAAGUUGGACUGGAAGUUGGGGCUCGUGUGCCUCGUUUCUUACAUCCUAUUUGCCACUCUGUCCAUCUUGUAUGAACUCGGAGUUAUUGGUAACAACCCCAUAAAAAUGUGCGGUGACUGAAUAAACGUGCCCCAAAAAGCAAGUACAAACCAACAGAAUGUUUUCUCACUUAUCAACAAAAAGUGUCUUGGACGGUCAUCCUCUGCAAGUGACUGUGCUUAGUAAUGCAUGUUACAUAUUCCUGUCAACAUCCAGGCCAGAACAUAUUGUAAAGUGAUGACUUUGUUUUUUAAUCAGGUCAUUAAGUCUUUCAUCCGACUCUGUUCAGUGGAUAAUAAAUGAAAAAUGGGGCUGUCACAGGGUGCAGCUGCUCACUUCAAAUAACCCCAGAACAAGUAAGAGUUCCAGGAAGUUGUAAAGUGGACUCAAGCAGGCUUCUUCAUUCUAAUUAGGUGAGUGAAGGCAAGAAGAUCAUCAGAGCAAUUCUAAGUUUUAAUGGCAAGUUCUUAUGGACAAGUCCAUAAACUGCCACCAGAAAUGGAGACAAUGCCCAUAUAAAAAGAACAAAGCCAACCUUUCCUCAUUAUGUCCAAGAUGUGGGAUUCAAAUAAAAAAGUUCAGGUGUGAAUUUAGUUGCCUUAACUGUUUCUGCGCAGCACCAUGAAAGCAGUAACGCCGUAGCUUCAGCAACAACUCAGGCUUUCAUCACAGACUUUACAACCACCAGGUUUAAAAAUUAAAAAUUUUAUUACCUCAAACCACCUCACAAAUUAAAGCCAUUUUCCAAAACAAAGGUAAAGGACCUAUGAAGUAUACAAAAAAAAAAAAAAAAAAAAAAAAAAAAAAAACCACAUGGCAGACACGAGGCAUGAAAUAACUGUUUUUAAAACAAAACAAAAGGUCACUGGCAAGAGGACUGAAUAUGGAAGUGUGUUAGUGUGACUU